AUGUCGGAAUUGAACCAUUUAUGGAAAAAACUAUCCUGUUCCCAAAGUUCUUCUCUUCUAAAAAUACAUCUCAAUACGGAAAAAUUAGAAAAUCUGAAAUCCAAAAGGACUAAAUAUGGAGGAACAAUAAACGAUUGUAUCCGAGUAGGUUGCAAAUAUCCCAAUAUUUCUAUUGGAAUCUAUGCAUGUGACCAAAAUGCCUACACAACAUUUGCCGAAAUUUUCGAACCGAUUAUCAAAGCAUACCAUAAUAUGACUGCUUUUACCCACCCAUCAGCAGAUUACGGAGAUCCGAAUCUUCUUAAUUUAUUCGCUUUAGAAUCUACAAAAGAUAAAGUAAUUUCUUCUAAUAUUAAUGUCAGUCGAAAUUUCGAUGGCUACCGUUACCAUCCAAUUCUUACCAAAGGUGAUCGUUUAGAGAUUGAGAAAUUAGCCGUGGAAGCUUUAACUAACCUAGAAGGAGAUCUUAUGGGGCGCUAUUUUUCGUAUGUUGGUAUUUCACCGGAAGAUCGCAAACAUCUUAUCAACGAGAACAUAUAUUUCGACAAUUCCAAUAGACUAAAAAAGGCAGCGGGUUGUUACGAUGAUUGGCCAGCUGGUAGAGGUGUUUACUAUAACUUGGAUAAAAAUUUGGUAUGCUGGGUAAACGAAGAAGAUCAUCUACGUAUAUUCUGCUCCGAGAAAGGACCUCGGUUAGCUGAUGCUUACAAGAAGUUGGUUCGGAUGAUGCAGUCCCUUGAGAAAAAAGUUAUGUUUGCUCAAGGUACAUUCGGUUAUUUAAACUUUUGCUGCAGUAAUUUAGGAAUUGCUAUGACCAUAAGCUUAAUUGUUAAACUUCCACGUCCAAAUUUAAAACCGGAUUCUUUAGAAAUCUGUAAAAAAUAUUGCCUCGAAUGCAAACCCAUUCAAAAUAUGUCUUCGUAUUGGAUUUGUGAGAUAAUAAAUAAGCGGGUUAUUGGAACAACGGAAUUCGAAACAGUUAAUUCUGUUGCAAUGGGAACGGUGCGAAUAUUAAAUAUUGAAGAUGACAAUAAAUAA